GAAAACUUAACAGGCUAAGUACCAGUAAACUAAAGACGGGUCCCGUGGAAGACAGUCUAUCAGUCAGCAAUAGAAAUCCGGAUCAUGUUGAAACCAAACAUGAUGCACAUGUAAACAGAAUACGAAGAGCCGAAAAUGAAACUCCCGUGGCUUUUUUCGCAAAAAUGGACAAACAUCUGGAACAUGCUGGUAUCCAUCAGAAUUUCAUCUUUGAAACGGUUGUCACUUAUGUAGGAAAUGGUUACCACAGUCAUGUAGGGACAUUCAUAGCUCCGAUGUCAGGAACAUACGUAUUCUCCGCAACCCUUGUUUCAUUCUAUCAUGUAAGUGCACAUGCACAAUUUGUAAAGAACGGCCAAGCUGUCACAACAAUGUAUGUUAGCGGUGCUGAAGCCGGUUAUGAUACAACAAGCCAAACAAUAGUUCUUCAGCUGCAAAAGGGGGAUGACGUGACGGUCCAAAAUUCAGACACCGACAAGUCUUUCUAUGGCGGGAGCCAUAGUACCUUCUCUGGGUUUCUUCUGUUUGAGGAUUUCUCAAGUCCAAGUGUCGUUGGAAAAUGAAAUGAAAUGUAAAGAUACAAGAAAGAAUAAAUAAUUCUGAGAUCAG